AGCUCCUACCCCAUCUGGGAGGACUUCAACUCCAAGGCCACCAAGCUGCAUUCCCAGUUGAGGACCACCGUGCUGGCUGCUGUGGCCUUCCUGGAUGCCUUCCAGAAAGUGGCUGACAUGGCCACCAACACCCGAGGGGCCACGCGGGACAUUGGCUCGGCGCUCACGCGCAUGUGCAUGCGCCACCGCAGCAUCGAGACCAAGCUGCGGCAGUUCACCAAUGCGCUGCUGGAGAGCCUCAUCAACCCGCUGCAGGAGCGCAUCGAGGACUGGAAGAAGUCGGCCAACCAGCUGGACAAGGACCACGCAAAAGAGUACAAACGAGCCCGGCACGAGAUCAAGAAGAAGUCAUCAGACACUCUGAAGCUGCAGAAGAAAGCGCGCAAAGAGCUACUUGGGAAAGGAGACCUGCAGCCCCAGCUGGACAGUGCCCUGCAGGACGUCAAUGACAUGUACCUACUGCUGGAGGAGACGGAAAAGCAGGCGGUGCGCCGGGCCCUGAUUGAGGAGCGAGGCCGCUUCUGUACCUUCAUCACUUUCCUGCAGCCUGUGGUGAACGGCGAGCUGACCAUGCUAGGAGAGAUCACCCACCUGCAGGGCAUCAUUGACGACCUGGUGGUGCUGACCGCGGAACCCCACAAGCUGCCUCCCGCCAGCGAGCAGGUAAUCAAGGACCUGAAGGGCUCAGACUACAGCUGGUCCUACCAGACCCCGCCCUCGUCACCCAGCAGCUCCAGCUCCCGGAAGUCCAGCAUGUGCAGCGCCCCCAGCAGCAGUAGCAGUGCCAAGGGUGGCGGAGCCCCGUGGCCUGGGGGUGCCCAAACAUACUCACCCAGUUCCACCUGUCGCUACCGCAGCCUGGCGCAGCCAGCCACGGCCACCACCCGCCUCUCCAGUGUCUCCUCGCACGACUCCGGCUUCGUCUCCCAGGACGCCACCUACUCCAAGCCCCCCUCGCCCAUGCCUUCAGACAUCACCAGCCAGAAGUCCUCCAGCUCUGCGUCCUCCGAGGCUUCAGAAACCUGCCAGUCUGUUAGCGAGUGCAGCUCCCCCACCUCGGACUGGACCAAGGCCGGCCCCCAUGAGCAGCCCUCAGGCACCACCCUGCAGCGGAGGAAGGACCGAGUGGAGCUCCUCCGAGACACAGAGCCAGGGCCUGCUGGCAUAGGCCCCCUGGGCCCCGGUGCGGAGGAGACACCGCGACCCCGGAUGUCCCCUGCCACCAUCGCAGCCAAGCACGGGGAGGAGGUGUCCCCCGCAGCUAGCGAUCUGGCCAUGGUACUGACCCGCGGCCUGAGCCUGGAGCACCAGAAGAGCAGCCGGGACUCACUGCAAUAUUCCAGCGGCUACAGCACACAGACCACCACGCCCUCAUGCUCCGAGGACACCAUCCCCUCCCAAGGCUCUGACUAUGACUGCUAUUCCGUGAACGGUGAUGCAGAUAGCGAGGGCCCCCAGGAGUUUGACAAGUCGUCCACCAUCCCGCGCAACAGCAACAUCGCCCAGAACUACCGCCGCCUCAUCCAGACCAAGCGCCCGGCCUCCACCGCCGGGCUGCCCACCGCCGGGCUGCCCACCGCCACAGGCCUGCCCUCCGGCGCACCCCCUGGCGUGGCCACCAUCCGCCGCACGCCCUCCACCAAGCCGACUGUGCGCCGCGCUCUGUCCAGCGCCGGCCCCAUCCCCAUCCGGCCGCCCAUCGUCCCAGUGAAGACACCCACAGUGCCCGACUCCCCUGGCUAUGUGGGGCCUACGCGGGCAGGCAGCGAGGAGUGCGUGUUCUACACAGACGAGGCCGCCUCGCCCCUGGCCCCGGACCUUGCCAAGGCCUCCCCGAAAAGGCUGAGCCUGCCCAACACAGCGUGGGGAAGCCCGUCCCCCGAGGCGGCCGGCUACCCUGGGGCAGGGACCAGGCUGGCGGCGGAGGACGAGGAGGAGCAGCAGCUGGCCGCCAACAGGCAUAGCCUGGUGGAGAAGCUUGGGGAGCUGGUGGCUGGCGCCCAUGCCCUGGGCGAGGGCCAGUUCCCCUUCCCCACCGCCCUGUCAGCCACCCCCACCGAGGAGACGCCCACCCCACCUCCUGCUGCCACCAGUGACCCUCCAGCCGAAGAUAUGCUGGUGGCCAUCCGGCGCGGGGUCCGGCUCCGCAGGACCGUCACCAACGACAGGUCGGCGCCCCGCAUCUUAUGAUAGUGCCAACCUCCCCGCCCUGCAUGGCCCUGGUGCAAGCAGGUGGCCUUGGUCUGUGAGCAGCGGCCACACAGAGCACAGGUACAGCGAGAGUGAGAGCAGCACCAGGGAGGAGGCAAAGCCACUUUACAGGAAAACGCACCCGGGCUGGGUCUCAGUCUCAGCUUUUAACAGGAAGUGACUUUCACAUAUCUCGCCGAGACGGAGCCUGCAGGCCUCGAGCUGGUUUUGGAGUCAGUUUUAUACUUUCCUUGCCUACUCUGCUCCUGUCGUCCUCCCUGCAGGCCCUGCCUUUUCCAAACUCCAGCGAGUCCACAAAGGCCGGGCCAGGCCAGCCUCCCCUUGCCAUCCUGGCCCCACCUGGCCUGGGGUCCACAACUCAGCUCCCCAUGCCCACUGCUACCUGGGGUCACGGUGCCCCGGCUCUGCCUUGAAUGCUGAGACCCUCCUCGCCCUGCCUGCACCCCCCACCCCUGCCCUCUCUGCCUCUCCUGGGGCCCUCUCCCCCUGGGGGACAGGGUGGCUGUGAGGGCCGGCGUCCAGGGAGCUGGGGUACCUAAUUGUCGAGGUGAGGGUGCGCGGGGCAGUGUCGGGAGGCUAGGCCUCCCGUGGGGGAGGGAGCCCAGGGUCUAAGCAGAGUCAGGGGCCCUUGUAGGGGAACCGGGGGCCUUCCUGGGCCCUCACCCACGAGGAGUCGGUGAGCACACAGGGGGCACAGCGCAGCAGGGCGAGGAGUCCACAGGCCCCUGAGGUCACCUGGCCAGCACAGGGCUGUCUCACUUGUGGCGUUCUCACCUGAGCACAUUGAGACUUCUAACUGGUGACCCUUUGGAGUCGCAGUUUCAGCCACCUUUGCGGUGGGGCUGGAGCCAUAGAGGAUUGGGGAGGGGGGUAUUUUAUGAGUCUAAUAAAAUGGAGCUGACCCCAGACAAGGACUUUGUGUGGGGCAAGCUGGUGGUACAGGGUGUGUGUCUUCGAGUGCCUGAGAUGGAGGGGUCCCACAGUGGCCCUCUGGGCCUGUGGCAGGAGGAGAAGGGCAGGAUUGGCUCCCCCAAAGCCGGGGGGAGGAUGUGUAGCUGUCCAGUGUAGCCGCAAGAAGGCUGGAGAGGGCAGGGCUGGGGCCGCUCUGGGCUCGGCUGCUGCGGUGUGAGGGAGCUGCAGGCCUGCAGUGGGGAGCGAGCCUGGGGAGAUCGGCUUUGACUCUCUGUCGCCAGAGGAGAUGCUAUCCCAGGAUAGUCCCCACGGCAGGCCUGGGCCUGGGCCAGAGCCAGUAGUGGGAGCCAGGUAGAGGAGUGGGACACCCUCCUCCUCCAUGGCCCGGGUCAGGCCGGGUGUGAGCAGGUAAAAGCACGUGCGCCUAGGGCGAGUGGAGGGAUGCCAGGUGGUCCGCGGUCUGCGGGAAAGCAACAGGGCCCCGAGGGUGGUGUCUCCCUGGGCCAGGAGAGCCGCUUGCCUUGGUCUGGCCCAAGGGAGUCGGGGCCGCCCGGACUUGCACUUGUGGGCAUUCUUGUACAGGGCGGCCAGGUGGGUCCGGGCACCUAGGACGAUGCCUCUGUGCACAUGGACCCUCCUGGUGGCCCCCGAGGACUGCUAGAGACGGGUCCAUGCAGGUCUGAGGAGCCGAGCACCUCGCUCUCCAAGCUGGACCAGCACCAGGGCCCCAGGAGAGCAGGUGACCAGGUUGGGGUGCCCUGGGGUAGAAUUUCUACCCCACCCCACCCCCAAGGAUUUUCCUGGGCAGCAGAUGGAAGGGGAUGCAGGACGGGGGAGGGGACAGGGUGCUGGACAGCAGGGUGGGUGGGGAGGCAUGGCCUCUGCACUGGGAAUGCAGGUGGGUCCUAGGGUUCCCUUUGAGGAAGAGCUCGCUGCCACCGGGGUGUGUCGCGGGGGUGGUCACCGUGGCUCCCCACCCUGAUGGGUAGGGAGGCUGAAGCCUUCCCAGGGAGGCGGGGCAGGGUGGAGCCCACCCUCCUGCGGCCCCUCCCCUCCGAGCCCCUAGCUGUACAUACUCCAUCCCUCGUCUGUCCCGUGACUGCCCCGCCACCUCCUGUCAUGUAGUGACCACCUCGUAGGCCUGCCCCCUUGGGAUCCGAGCCAACCAUCCCAUGUCACGAACUUUGGUUUGGGGGGCUUCUUGACAUUCGUUUUAUUUUUCAUUUUGUACAGAGAAAUAUUCUUUUCAAAAGCGUCUUUUGACUGAAGUAACUUUUCUGGUGCUGUUGUUAACUUGUUCCUUUUUUUUUUUUUUUUUUUAAUUUAUUUCCCCACCCCAGGCUGCCCCUCCUGGUUCCGACUCACCCCUUUCCUCCCCGACCCCACUCCACCACACCCCUUCAUCCCAUCUGGACCAUUUUGUUUCUUUUCUUUCUGUCUGUUUUUGGAUAAAUUCUCUCUUCCCCGCCCUCUUCACUCCAUCCUCCCCUUGAUUUAAAUAGUCACUGCUACAAGUAACAAAUGCACUGUGAAGAUUCCAGUAUUAAUAAAGUUGUACUGUAAUUAACA